UUCGGCUCCAACCGGUUCGGCAUUACAGGUGGAGGGGGAAAAGUAGGUUUCGGCCUUAGAGCAGGUUUCGGCAUUAGCAUUGCCGUCCUGGAACGCACCCCAGGAGCUUCGCACUCUGCCGAAAUCGGCUCUGAGCGACACGUCCCGCAGCCACUGUACUUCGCAUCAAAUGUACUUCUCGCCUCAAACACAAACUAUCUAACCUCAAACUUUCAUAAAAGAAAAUUUGAAAAAUACAACAAAUUUUGAUAACUAUUUAGGUACUUUUUUAUUGAAAGGCUACACGAUGAUGCGCUACGAGGAAGAAAACGAAACUCUAAAGGAUAAAACUGCCUGUGCUGGUGUAAGGGCAGACUUGAAAAUGUGCCUUCUGGAGAGUGAAUGUUGCAAAACGCAUAAGAAAACUCCAAGGGAAUGUCUGAAAGCAACUGAUGGAACUGUACCAAUUGAAUGCCAAGUACUAAGGAAUACUUUUUUUGAAUGUAAAAGAUCAUUGCUAGAUGCCAGACAAAGAUUUAGGGGCAGAAAAGGUUACUGAACAGAUAUGCCUUUCCUGGGAUACUUACCUACCUAAUGCAGUGUUUCUUUGUUAUUAUUAUUUAGUAGUUGCUAUCAUUAAAAUAAAAUAGGCAUUGUGAUAUCAAACAAAAUUCUUUUAUUUUUAAGAAAAAAAUAUAUUAUCCCUAUAACAAGAAAUUUCACACAUAAUGAAUAGGAUAUAAAAUAUAUUAUGUUUAUUUCUGGUGGACACAAUCGAAUCCAAUUCUUCCCUAAUGGUCAAAAUUGAAUCUUCAGUUAAGUUUGUUGUAUAAAACCAUGCCUUGUGGUAAAUCGUAAAGUUAACCGUUUUGAUAAAUAGAUGAAGUAUUACUGCCUAAUGUUUGAAAACCAUAAAGUCCCUAGUCCCUACAGGAGUGCUCUUUAUUACAUUUGCUGUUUCCUGCUGUGCGACAUUAGAAAGCAUGAAAAAAUACAUCAAAGUAAACCAAAUCCCUACUUUUGUAUUUUUAUAAAACCAGCCAUCUGCCACUGUGGAAAUACCUUACCGGUUAUAACCUACUAAAGCUUAUGAAUAACCAAUAGCCAAGAUUUGAAUUUAAUUAGUUUUGGCUCCAAAAUGUAUAAAUGUGUGAUUCAAAACAGCCUCCUUAUACCUAAAAGUACCUAUCUAUUAUUUAUGGCUACACUGCACACUGCUUAUUAAUUAACUACCUAACUAAAAAAAUUAUUCAAAAGUGUACAAUUAAGUAGAAGUAAGGCCUCUCAGAUUCCAGAUAUGUUGUACAUAUUUUUGGCAUCAUCUUUAAAACUCUAUUACUCUGAGAAUUGUUAGAUAUGGUUAGAUUCAACUAUAAUCAUUAUUAUUGUAUUCCUGCAUCGUUUUUUUUUUUUUUAAAAAGCUUGUAAUGGCCUAAACAGCCCAGUAUAACCAGUUAGUCGUGCUCUCAAGGCAGGCAAUAAUAAUGCACAUACGGUAACAUCGGAUACUAGGUUGGCGCACUCACACAUUAAAAUGUACAUUUUGUCCCCUUUUGGACUAAGUGAUUUGUGAAGCGAUAUUUUCCGUAGACCGGCUUUUUGGGGCAGAUAUCGAUAAAUCAUACGUGCGCCUGUCCAGUAAAGCCAAUUUCUUUCAAAUAUUUCCCUGUCGUCUCCCUCAAACACUUUGUACACUGAUACAAUGUAACCCGUAUUUGGAUUAUGACUUUUCGGUAACGGCACU